UAAUUACAAUGCAACAAAUUAUGUUGUUGCAGGCAGACUAUUGAUGGAGAGGCGCCCAUCUAUAGUUUGGACUCCAUGUGCCGCCCAUUGCAUUGACCUCAUGUUAGAGGAUAUUGGAAAACUUCCAUGGGUCAAGACAUGUGUAGAAAAGGCAAGAAAUGUGUGCAAAUUUGUAUAUAAUCAUUCAUGGGUGUUGGCUCUUAUGAGACAAUACACAGAGCAUAAGGAGUUAGCUCGUCCAGGAAUCACAAGAUUUGCCACAAACUUCAUCACAUUGCAGUCCAUGCUUCGUUGUAAGAUGGCCUUGAGACGUAUGAUUGUUGGUGAGGAGUGGUCUUCCUCAUCCUAUGCUGCCACCCCAGCAGGGAAAGAUAUGGCAGACUGCAUUUUUGAUGAGCGAGGCUUUUGGAGCCCUUGUGAUGAGAUAGUGAAGUUUGUUAAGCCCUUGGUGGUUUUGUUGCGAGUUGCGGAUGGAGAAAAGCCCGCAAUGGGCUACAUAUAUGAGGGCAUGGAUAGGGCGAAAGAGGGCAUCAAAUCUAUCUAUGCAGGAGAUGAGAGCAAGUAUGGUCCCAUUUGGCAGAUCAUUGAUAAGAGAUGGCAUCAUCAGCUUCAUAGGCCCAUCCAUGCAGCAGCCUAUUAUUUGAAUCCGGCAUUCCAUUUUAGCCCUACUUUCAGGGCUGAUGCGGAGGUCCUUGAUGGGCUAUACUCAGUCAUGGAGAAGAUGGCACCUGUUGGUUGUACUCAGACAGAUCUUAUGCGAGAGCUACAGUUGUUCUCAAAUGCACAAGGGGAGACCUUUUCUCGUCCUAUCGCCAAAGAAAGUAGGACAACUAUGAUGCCAGAUAAUUGGUGGAGCUUUUUUGGCCCAACGACACCAAAUCUUCAGAAGUUGGCCAUUCGCAUCUUGAGCCAACCAUGCAGUGCAUCUGGUUGUGAGCGCAAUUGGAGUAUGUUUGAGCACAUACACUCCAAGAGGCGCAAUAGAUUAUCCGUGGAGAAGAUGAAUGAUCUUAUCUUUGUUCACUACAACCUCCGCCUGAGAAUGAGAAAGAAUGCAUUAGCUGACAUCUCUCCUAUCAUUCUAGAUGAGGUUGAUCCUGAGGCAGAGUGGGCCAUUGAGACAGAUCCUGUGGCUGUCUUUAGUGAUGAUGACACUGAUUGGAUCGACCAGGUAGAUAUAGAGGCUGAGGCUGUAGCCAUGGCAGAGGAGGAGCAGAGAGCACGAGCAGAGAGAGGAGAUUCAGAGGCAGAUGGUGAUAGUGACACAGAUGGUGACAGUGACACAGAUGUUCCUGAUGUUGGUGAGCAUGGCGUGGUGUCACGAGGAGCGGCUAUGGCUGCCCAAUCAUCUAUGACCUACCUUAGACGCCUUCGUAGGGGGCCGGGGCCUUCAUCGGAGCCAACGUCGGGGCCGGAGGGUGCAGACUCCUCUGCGCCAUAGGCUUGUAGAUGUAUUUACCUUUGUUAUUUGUAUGGAACAUUUGAUGAUGAUCAUAUGAUGACAUGGAUUUUUUAUUCCAUGAGUUUUGU